AUGUUAAAUAUUCGAAAAAUAUCAUUUGUUCAGCGUUCAAUAUCAAUUGGAAUUAAUGCUCGUCGUUCAUCUCAAACAUCCGUAUUUGAUAAAAAACAUAUCAUCACUAAAACAAAACCUGUUCCAUUAGAUAAUCUUUCACCUGUUGUUCGUCAGAUUCUUUCUAAAGAUCCAUCAUAUGCUGUUCGUUUUGGUGGUCAAUUAUCUCAAAAUAAACAAUAUCUUAUUCAACAACAUUCAAGAACAACUGAUCGAGCUGAAAAUCUCUUCUGA